AUGGAGCCCAAGUGGAAGACGCGGCAGGAGCAGCGCACCAACGGCAGCAUGGACGAGCCGCCCAUCCCGGCGUGGGGGUGGCCGGCGGGCGGCGACGUGCAUCCCACGGCGUGGCAACACAGCCUCGAAUACUUUCUCGUUGCAGACCUGCUGCAACCACCCUCGAAGAGAGACGCUGGAGUGGCAGCAGUGAGGGUGAGCGACCCCGCACACGCGGACGUGUUUCUCGUGCCCUUCUUCGCGUCCACCAUGGUCAACCUGCUCCGAAGAAAGAACUUCCCCACCUACAAGGCUCUCGCAAUGGAGAUGGCGGAGCUGAUGAGCGCGUCGCCCUGGUGGCAGCGGCGGGGAGGCAGGGACCACGUGCUGUGUGUCACCCACCCCAACGCCCUGGAGUCCGUGCGGCACCACAUGGCUGCUGCUGCAUUUGUCGCUGUGGACCUCGCCAGGUACGAACCAGGGGAGGCGGAUCUGCACAAGGACAUCAUAGCACCUUACGGGGCGCUGGUGGAGACUUACACUGCAGAGGCUGAGAGGCGGGACGCCCAAGGAGGGCUUGCAGGAGGAGGCAGGGGAGGAGCGGCGCAAGGCCCUAUUCGACGACUACAGGGGGGGUCGGACGCGCAUGUGAGGAAAGCUGCCUAUCCACAAUUCCCCCUUAUUGUUCUCUGCCUUCUCUUCGAUACCCCUCUCCCCUCCUUCCCCCCUCCUCAGCGGCGCAAGGCCCUGUUUGACGAGCUACAGGGGGAGGCGGAUGUGCAUGUGAGGGAGGCUUCGGGGUCCAGCCAGUCCAUCCGUGAUUGCACCUUUGGCAACAUGCAGUGCACCUUUGGCAACAUGCAGUGCACCUUUGGCAACAUGCAGUGCACCUUUGGCAACAUGCAGUGCACCUUUGGCAACAUGCAGUGCACCUUUGGCAACAUGCAGUGCACCUUUGGCAACAUGCAGUGCACGUUUGGCCAAUUGUCAGGGCAGGCGGCGGGCGUGCUUCUGCCCGCACGUGGAGGGCGACACACCCUCUUAUCCCAGGAGGGCAUGCGGCAGUCGCGCUUCUGUCUGCACGUGGAGGGCGACACACCAUCCUCCUCCCGGUUCUUCAAUGCCAUCAUGAGUGGGUGUGUGCCGGUGGUCGUCAGUGAUAACGUGGAGCUGCCCUUCGAGUCAGCCAUCGACUACUCGCGCCUCACGCUCUUCUUCUCCCAACAGGACGCCUUGGUCAAAGGCCGUCUGGUCUCCGCGCUGCGCCAGGUGUCGGAACAGGAGUGGCUGGCGAUGUGGCACGAGGUGCACCAAGUGCAGAAGCACUUUGAGUUCCAGCAACCAGCAAGGGCAGGAGAUGCAGUGGACAUGGUGUGGCGGGAGGUGCGCAACCGACUGCCCAGCAUGCACCUCAUGGCUCACCGCGACACACGCCUCACCAUCCCCGACUGGAGUGCCUGA